UGACACCACUUUGCUGCUUCACCGUGUUGAGAUUGGGCAGCCAGGUUUUUGAAGUUCCUCCUUGCACAAGAAUGAUCUCCUCGAACCUUUCACUUUUGCUCCUGCAAUUCUUGUGUUUGGCUCGAUGUUUAGAUGGCAGCAUGAACAGCUUGAUUGCUCCGGCACGCGUCCUGAGGAGUUUGAGCACCUGCAGGAUCUUUUGGAGGAAGUGUCCGACACCUGAGCCACGUGAGGCAUGGAGCGUGAGAGCAACCCGCCGGAAUUCCUACCUGAAGUUAAACACUGCCGAGCAGAGGCCAAACCGACUCUGUGAGCAACUAGCACCGCGAGGAAAAGCUCUGCUUCUAUUUGCAAGACACAAAAGCAGCAAAAGCUCAAAAAAGGGGAAAAAGAGAAUGUUGCAAGACGAGCCAGAUGAAGAAGAGGAUGACCCUGAGAAAAGUGACUAUGAGGACGAAUCGGAAGAGGAAGAGGAUGACAGCCAGCCAAAAACUUAUAAAGACUUUGAGAAAGUAGUGCCAUCUUUCAGAUUUGACUUCAUCAUGAAAGCUGGUCUGGAUAUGGCAAGGAAUAAAGUAGAAGAUUCCUUCUAUAGUAACAAACUGAGACUGAACGGAGAAAAGCUACUGAAGAAAAGUAAAGUGGUGAAAGAGGGUGAUGUCCUGGAUCAUCUUAUCGGGGAGGAUAAGGAAGCUGAAACAGUCACCGUCAUGAGGGUGAUGGUUAGAAAGGUUGCUGAAGAAAUGACGAAUACGGAUAAAUACAGAGUGACUUUGAGACGCUGGAAACAUCUACAGUUGCCCAGAGAGGAGGUGUUUAAGUAAGACCCUGCUGUCCGCCUGGAGGAGCGCUGACUGCAGCCGUGUGCCUGGGAGACAUGGGGCAGGAGUUUACGAAAUACAAGGCUGUAACACGACAG